AUGAAGGCUUACGUUUUUGAAAAAUCUGAGGAAGACCAGCGUGAACCUCACAACUCUGGUACAUACGUGUCUGCCGAAGAUUUAGCCCAAAUUGGUGUUUUGUACUGGCAAUUCAAUGGCGAAGAUGCUCUUGACAGAAUCAAUGACCUUGCUGCCGAACGUAAAUACAAGAACAGAGACGAGAUUAUUGUCUCCCCUGAGGCUAUGGGUCCAGUGUAUGAAGAAAAAGUCAAGUCAUUCUUUGCCGAGCAUUUGCAUGAAGACGAGGAAAUUCGAUAUAUUCUUGAUGGUUCAGGCUAUUUUGAUGUCCGUGACAAAAACGACGUGUGGAUCCGUAUCCAUCUUGAGAGAGGUGAAAUGAUUGUACUGCCUGCCGGUAUGUAUCAUCGUUUCACCACAGAUGCCAAAAACUACAUCAAGGCUAUGCGUCUCUUUAAGGAGGAUCCUCAAUGGACACCCAUUAACCGUCCUUUGGCCGACGAGAAUCAGCAUCGCUUCGAUUACUUGAAGACUUUCAACAUUACUGUUUAA